ACAAUCUGCUGCGUGUUUUGUAGUGAAAAGAAAAGUUCCUUUUCGCUGCUGAAAGUUUCAUUUUCAGGCGUGUGAAAUAUCUGCCAUUUCUGAUUACUAUCAACAGUUCGCAAUGGGACCGGUACAGCAAGUGCGCCCAAUUAAUCGAAGUGCCCAUGGUGGAAGCUCAGGCACGGGCAUCGCAUCUUCCAGCGACCAAGAGGAAAGUUUUCGCUGCCAAAUUCAUCAGGAAAUCGAGCGCAAGGCAAAGGUAUGCGCCAACACACUGUACGAGUGCUCCCUGCCCCGGGUGGAAUCGUACGCCUACUGCAUCCGGCACAUCCUUCAAGACCCGAAAGCACCCUACAAGCAGUGCGGAUUUUUCUACCCCAACGGACGCCGUUGUCCGGAACCUUCACCGCGGUACGAUGCGAAGAAGGACUACGGGACGAACUACUGCUUCGAGCACAGCCGGCAGACACAGCUAUCGAAAACAAAGUCCACCAUCGGCAAGCUGGUCCCGGUGGAAACGACGGAAACGCUGCUCCAUAGCCUGGCGCACCAUGUUAAAGUGGACAAAACCAAACAGCACUACAUGGGGAACAACACUCCGCUUAAAAUUACCGUACACGAGGAUGACGACGAAAAUGAUGUGGAUGUCGUCACGCCAUCAGUUGAUCCAUUUGUCGAUGUGGACGUUACGGCUAUCAACGAUUCUGGACGCAUCGUCCUGGACUAUGCGUCCGAUUCCAGCUCGGAAGAUGAGGAAACCCAACAGCCUACGUACGGAACGUCCUGGAGGGGCCAGGAUAUGGACAACUCGGACAACGAAAGCGUCGACUCCCAGUGCGACGAUCCACUCAAGCACGCCGGUAUCUACACAGCCGAGGAGACCACCCGUAUCACCAAGGAGAAGCUAGCACGCCUCCAGUCGCUCUACGUGGAGCAAAUCCAUCGUCUACAGCAUGUGCUGCGCGAACGAAGGCGUAAUUUCCUGCGCGAUCAGCGCGCCGAACGCGAGACGCACUGUAGCAUUUACGAUCAAAUCAAUGAAACGCCCCACGAGCGGGCACUGUACGAGAAGCUGAAGGGAUUGAACCGCUACCAUCGGAAGCACGGUGUGGAGGCGAUCCUGCAGCGCAAGUAUCUGGAAAAGCGUGCCAAGGCGACGGAGGGACUGCAGCAGAAACCGCCUCCACUGCCGAAGUGCUCCUACACGGAGGGUGGCGUAAAGUGCGGGGAACGGACGCUGCCGUGCUGUAAGCACUGCCGCAAGCACAUAUUGGAGGACAAAAAGCAAGUCCUCUUUCGGGCGUGCGGUAUCGAGAAGAGUGGCAUCGUGUGCCAGGAACCGCUGGCCGGUCUGUUCGAGAACGUUACCUGCCCGCUGCAUUUCGAGCUGCCAGCGCAGCGCUCGUUCAACAAGCGGAAGUAUGAAUCGGAAUCGGAAGGGGAGGCAGAACCGUCGGUUACUAUGGAUGGGACUUUUUCUAUCCCAGCAGACCACCCUUCCGGUGUGGAUGACGCGAAAACUAUGAAGGAGCCCAAAACUCCCGUCGUGCAAGACGAUAAAAAGAAAGUGAGGCACGGCACGGUCAAACAGGAAUCGAAACCGUCCAUAAAGUCGGAGAGUAAGCGCAAAAGCUUCAAACAGGAAGCGCCGGCCCAACCGAGGGUACGGAAUACCCGUGCCACCCGGGCAGCUUUGGGGCGUCGCCAUCAGCAGGACAAAACACACGAAACGCUUGAUGGAGCAGCAGCCAUAAAGCAGGAAAAAGAGGAUCCCCCAACGAUCGAUCCUACCGUAAAGGACGAAGGUAAUGUUAUGACCGUGCAUGGUAAGAACGAUCACCAGCUGUGUUCGAUUUUAGAUGAAGAACAACUGCCAGUCACGAUCAUUCAGAAGAAAAAACUAAAACUGGAGGAAGAAACGGUGGAAAAAAGCGAUACCAAGGAGGAACCGAUGGAUACAACGACCACCACGAUGGAAGAACAAACCCGCGAAGUUGGCGAUUCUAAAGAGGCGAUCAAGGAAAUCGACGAUGAGAAGAAACCAGAACCAGAUGGAAAGGGGGAGGCACUAGUAGAUGAGAAGACCGUAGAAGAAGUACCGGUCAAUCCGACUACAGACGAAAAAGAAGAUGCAAAAGGAAAGCUCACGGAAAAACUGUCGAUCGCUAGGGAAAAGAGCGAACCAGAUGAAACAAAAACAUCUCACAGCUCCCCGGAACCGUCCAAGCGACGGAGGGUUGGUUUGGAGUCUAGAGAGCAAUCGCUCGAGAAAAACAAGGACACAAAAGAGCAUGCCAAUACUGACGAUCCGUCGUCGGAUUUGUCGAUAGUUGAAGGUAAAAGUACCACAGCUUCUGACGAGGAAAAAGCAGACAAGGUAAAGCAGGAAAAAGCAAACAAGGGUGUGGAAAAAUCUCGACGACAGCCGAAAUAAACUUUUCACACUAAAAACAUUUUCUGCUAGCGUUUAAGGAAUAACCUUUCUGGGAAAAAGCAUAGCAGUUUGUUGCAAUUCAACAUGUUUUUACGAAUACGAUACGAACUGUUUUAAAUUUCUAAUUUUCAAAAUAAAGAUAACCUGUCAAUUCAA